AUGAUUGCUACUACCAGUAAGGAAGGAAAAGGUGGAGUUGGUGAAGCAAAUGAUAACUUGAGGACUUUGGAGUGUCUGAGAGGAAGAUUAAUUGCAGAAAGACAAGCUUCAAGGGCUGCAAAAGAUGAUGCAGAACUAAUGGGAAUCAAGCUGAUAGAGCUGGAGAAUAAACUCAAGGAAGAGAAUAAAUUGAGGAAUAAAGCUGAAAAGAAACUGAAAUUUUUGAAAAAGAAGCUUGAGUCCUUGAAGAUAGCAUUUACUUUGAAUGAAUCAGAGCAAUCUAGUUCUUCAGAAAACUCUGCACAUUCUUGUAAAUCAUCAUCCACAAGCACUUCAAGCCUCAAAGGCAUAGAAGAAUCUGAAUCCAAGUCACAGAUCACAACCCCAGAAAUCUCAGAAUCCAUUGCAUCUAAUCAAAGCCAUGAAAGUUCUUCCAUUCAAGAGAAUUCGGUUUCAGAAGAUCCUCCACAUGAAAUAGCAAUACACAAAUCAAGUUCAAUUUGUCAAGAUUCAGAGGUUGAUAAUCACAGCUCUGAAACCAUGAAAACUUCAAUGGAAGCUGGGAAUGAGAGGGAUAAAGAAGAAGAUUAUGUGGAUAACUCAAUGGCAAUAGUUCCUGUGACUUUCCCAAAGAAAUCCCAGGAGACAAAUGAACUGAAGAUAAGGAGUGGAAGUGCUAAAGAAUCUCUUGAUGCACUAAGGCUUGCCAGAGAAAGGAUUCAGAAUUCCAUGGAAAGAGGAAGACCUAUGAUUAGAGUUGGCCCUUCUUAA